AAGGUUUUGAACCUGUCUUGCAGAUCAACAGACUUUUCUCCACCCCAUGCAUCAGGACUUGCACUAUUUCCCCUUCCGGCCUGCGGCCCGCAUCGUCUGCUCCUGGACCGCCAUGGAGAGGGCCGACCAGGACAACGGCUGCCUCAUCGUGCAACCAGGGACACACAAGCAGCACCUCAAGCCCCACGGCUACCCACAGUGGGAGGGUAAAACCAACAAACUUUUCCAUGGGCUGCUUGAUGAGGAUGAGAAGACUCCCAAGGUGCACCUUGUCAUGGAGAAGGGAGACACAGUGUUCUUCCAUCCCCUGCUCAUUCAUGGCUCUGGGAUAAACAAGACAUCAGGGUUCCGAAAGAGCAUAAGCUGUCACUUCGCCAGCUCAGAGUGCCACUACAUCGACGUCAAGAACACGAGCCAAGAGCACCUGGAGAAGGAGCUGGUAGAAAUGGUUCGCAAGAAAUACAACGCGACUUCCGUGGAACUCCGGGAUAUUUGGAACUUCCGAGCACGGCUUGUGCAAGGGGAAAGAAUUAACCUGUAGAACAACCUCUGAAGAGCGGGAUGGAAAACACGUGCCUGAGAAUGUGCUUCUCUGGUCGGAGAGUGGUGACCCUGCCCCAGCAGGCACAAUUCCGUGUGCUUUGUUGACCUCUGUAUUGGUAACUUAGCCAAAUGCUGCAUCUCAAAAUCAUUUUAUGCUAAUACAAAGUAAUUGCACUGGGGGUGAACAGCUGAUGUACGUCAAGGAAAACCUAGCCUAGGAAAACAGAGAUUUGCUGUGGUUAUCUUAAACGAUCAAAGAAUUAAGGUCUUGAAAGAACACCUUGAUUUUCUUGAUGUUUUCAUUCUUGUUUUUUAAAAGUUUCUGACGUGACGUACCUUUGGAAUGAUGCUGUACUAACAUAAGAUUUUAUGCAAGGGUAUGUUUUCUAGCAUUUCCCACUUCCUUUUCUAUGCAAAAGAAAGAAAAUGAAGCUCAGUAGGAGCUCACAGGGGAAGUUGUUAGUAGAGCUGAUGAAGAUGAGGAUAUGGGUACCAGCAGAAGCAAGGGUGUAAAGAACUGGAUAAAGGGGAAGCAGCAACUGCUCACAUAGAAAAAACGGAACAGAUGGGCUGGAAUAUUAGAGUUCCUCAGACAUGACCUGCUGUGGCACCAUAUCUUAUGAGUAGUGCUGGUACAAGUGAAACAUGUGGCUGACAGGGUUGGGAGCCGCUGGGCCAGCAAACCAGCCUCCUGUUGGCCUUGCACAACCACCCCGAGGCUGUGUGAAGUCCUCCUUGGAGUCUGGUGGGUCUGGGAAAAGGUGCCAGGUGAGGGAGGUGGUUGGAUGCACCGGUGGUGGGGUGGAGCGACGUGCACUGAAAUGAUCCUCUCACCUUUCACAACGUCUUUCCUUGCUUUCGGAAAGAUUCUUUGGCUUUCAGAAUCUAUUUUUUGAAAUACAGAUUUAAUCAGAGCAAA